AUGGCGGCCCUGGCCAGUAGCCUGAUCCGGCAGAAGCGGGAGGUCCGUGAGCCCGGGAGUAGCCGGCCGGUGUCGGCGCAGCGGCGCGUGUGUCCCCGCGGCACCAAGUCCCUUUGCCAGAAGCAGCUCCUCAUCUUGCUGUCCAAGGUGCGACUGUGCGGGGGGCGGCCCGCGCGGCAGGACCGCGGCCCGGAGCCUCAGCUCAAAGGCAUAGUCACCAAACUGUUCUGCCGCCAGGGUUUCUACCUCCAGGCGAAUCCCGACGGGAGCAUCCAGGGCACCCCAGAGGACACCAGCUCCUUCACUCACUUCAACCUGAUCCCUGUGGGGCUCCGAGUGGUCACCAUUCAGAGUGCUAAGCUGGGACACUAUAUGGCCAUGAAUGCUGAGGGGCUGCUGUACAGCUCGCCACAUUUCACAGCUGAGUGUCGCUUUAAGGAAUGUGUCUUUGAGAAUUACUAUGUCCUCUAUGCCUCUGCUCUCUACCGACAACGCCGUUCUGGGAGGGCCUGGUACCUAGGCCUAGACAAGGAAGGCCGAGUUAUGAAGGGAAAUCGAGUCAAGAAGACCAAGGCAGCUGCCCACUUUGUGCCCAAACUCCUGGAGGUGGCCAUGUACCGAGAGCCUUCUCUCCACAGUGUCCCUGAGACUUCCCCUUCCAGUCCCCCUGCCCCCUGA